UGAAAACACACUCGUUAACACGACGUACAAAAUAUAUACCUGAGAGCACGUCGUGUCCUUCCAGAUCCUCCCGUCUGCUCUGUGCAUAGUGUCUGCGAAUGGCAUCUUCCUCUGCCGUAGCCUUGUUAUACCGACAACUCGACGAACGCAUUGAUACCAGUACCUUUUUGUCGGUUUAUUCCUACGGUGUUCAGAAACACAAGCAGCAAUUCCGUAAUAAGGCUGCUCUUCAGUCUGCCUUGUUGCGGUUCCACACACUUUACUACCCCACUGCUACUCCUCAACCACUACGACACGGUUUCUAUUCCGAACUGGCUAACCAUGUUACCGAGUUACUCAAGUUAUACAAGAACAAAGUUUGCCAUGCGCGCAUCAAUUAUAUGGAACGGCAUGUCCGGCACCUACUCCAUCUCGCCUUGAUUAUCGCAGACUCUCAUGAGCUACUCGCCAACAAGGCCCUGACACUCAUUGACAUCAUUGAGGGCGAGACUAGCCAUAUCAUCGGUGAUCCUAUACUUCACUAUCACAAUUCCUACAUCGGCAUCAAUGACGAGAUGAACCAUGUAAUGAAGUGUCUCAAUAACGUUCGCCUUGAAUCUCCCUACCCGACACUUCUCAUCAACCGCGUUGGCAAAUAUAUCAAUGUUAUUGCUGCAUUUCUGACUCUUACAGCCUCUGUGAUGAAUCUUGUGAAGAAUGGUAGCGACGCUACUAUGAAUGUAAUCUCGGCUUCCUUCGCGUUGAUUGCUGUUCUCUGUAUGGCUGUAGCUAGCUCCAUAGUUUCACCGGAUACCAUGAUUGAGAUUCAAGACUUGGCAAAGAAAAUGGAGGGAGACAUUUACGCCAUUGUUAUUGCAUGGCGAGAGCUAUCUGAAGUACUACGAGCUAUCUCUUUGAAACAACCGAUAUCUCCAAAUAGUCAUCUCUUUCUCCGGAGUUUUAAAAGACACUUUUGUGUUGAUGGCGCCACGCUCAUAAAUUGUUUAGCAUUCAACCUCAGUGUAGAUCAAGACAUCUAUAAGCGAGUUAGGAUGAUCCCUCGUCCCAUUGAAAGCAAUGUCCUCGAUCGUGCUAAACGUAUCAAGAAUGACAUUUGCCUCAGUGACGCGCGUCAUAUCCAAUCACGUAUUUCUACAACGGCUCGCGCUAAAGGCCUCGUCACUAGCUUCUUCCCUCUAUCUCUCAUGUCGUCAAAUUCUCGAACUGAACCUCAGCUGCCAUUGCACAUCGUGAUGUCGCCACGAGCCAUGACCCCGGAAAACCGAGAGUCGACAAUGCCCUCCGCAUCUGUCAUCGAAAUACUGGAUUCUAGCCCCCCGACAUCUGCGUCUGCUCCAGGAGAGUCGUCUAUGCCUCUGAAGGAUCUCUCUGCGUUGAUGAACGCCGAAGUAGAGGCUUCUGGAAUUAGUGAAGAUUCUUCCGUACCAGAGACGACUACGUCGUGCAAGGCGUUGGUAAAACGACAGUCAUACUCAGUUCACAGUGGGAUAGGAAGAAUUUCAGUUCCGACCAAUAAUUCUAAUGAACAGACCACUGAGCGGAAUAGUGCUGGCGUAGACCAUCCUGAGAGUGGUCCAUGUCGUCGCAGGACUCACUAGUUGCCAUCUCUGCUGACCACUAUGUAUUUUGUUUGAUAUUAAUAUGUAGCAUAAGCUUGACU